AUGACCAUCAGACCCAGCCUACUAUGGGAUAUUAACCUGGCUUUUAGUGUCUCCAAUGACCACCAAUCCUAUCAUUGGAAGAGUGCCAUGGGUCAUUUCGAUUGGGGAAAUGGCUCGACUUUGAUGGACGAUCUUAUCAAUUUAAGCCGAUUUUCAACGGUAAAAGACAAAUGGGCCAGGGAGUUGCCCUUGUUUCUUCAGCUUGUUGAAGCCUACCUGGGCCCGCAGAGCGAGCUCACAGCACAGUUCAACUGCGUGCGGUCCAAAUUGACUUGCACAGCUGAGUGGACACAUGUGGCUGAUGAAGCGAACAGGCUCAUUGAGCUUGUGGCCACGGGGAAAGAAAAGAUUCAAAAAGCAAUCGACUUCUUGGACACUGCAAGGUCGAUCUCUAAGCCGGUUUUCCCCAUCCCUACAGUGGAUUUACAUAACAUCAGCGACGAGGAGUUAUUUCGCGUUGCUCCCAGCGAAGGAGAAAGAGCGAGCCUUUGGUUUAAGAAGAUUGCCACGUCUUUUGAAAACGACAUGAACAACUCAACUGUGAAGAUUCCUCUAUUACUGAAAGAGUUGAAGUCGUACUUUCAGCAAGUGCAAACAGAACUGGAGGGCUUUGUUCUCGAUAUGAAUGACCUUGCAGAAUUGACCUUCUUCACCGGUGCAGAGCCCUCUGUUUCUGGGCUAAUGCAGCAAUCACACAAUCGAUUGGAAGAGGCACGUCAAUACCGUACCGCGCCCAUUGACACAAGUAACCUAUGUGCUGACUCGAUGAUCAAAACAUUGUCCGAUAUGUCCUCGUAUGCAGUCGCGCCACCUCGCUUUUUCUCUGGCCGGGCAAAUACAGACGAUUGGCUCGAGGGAGGAUGGUGGAACAAUCGAUAUCUGGAAUGCCGCAGGAAUCCACUCUUUACGGUCCUUCAGGCAAUUUCUUCCCCUAUUCCUUGGCCGUCAACUCCCAGAGUCGUCGCCGGAGUCAAGACGCUGCAUUGCGGGAUUGGUGACCACCUGAGGGCCAAAGUCAUGCCCACGGGCGUUGAUAACAAUGGUUUCACCAUCCUAAUGGACUGCUGGAUUCAUUCCACGGAUCUGAAGCAGAUAGAGGCCUGUUAUUUAGCCAUCAGUCCCGAGGAAACCGACAUUCAGUGCGGAGAGGAUGCUGUCACUGCAAGCUGGAGAAACGUGCGGCGGGAGCCCGACAACUCCAACUCGCAGACUUCGCUCGAAGAGGUGUUCUUCAGCCGGCCAUACGACAGGAAGCCAACGGUUCUCGUAUGGCUAACUCAUAUUGACUCGGACAAGCGUGACAUUCAUCGCAUUGAAGUAUCGGCCUCCAACGUCACCACGCGUGGGUUCACACUCAAUUUCCGUAGCUGGCUCGACAGUUCCUUCUUCAAUUACAAGGCGAAUUGGAUAGCCUUCACAGAGGGUCGAAGCGACAUCGCCUUCUACGAAUACCAGUGGUCUAGGCCGUCCGCUGGCGAGUUUUGCAAUUUCUACGCCCUGACAAAGUUGGACGCUGAUAAUGAGAGGAAUAUCAGAGUCACUCUGAACGCCGAUACUGUUUCGCACCCUACUGUGGAGACUUGGGGUGAUUCCAAACUGUAUGAUGCCAAGUAUAUUGGCAUCCGCAUAAGUUCAUGUUAUCAUAAUACUUAG